AUACUGGUACCACCAGGCCCGGUGGAGACCCAUGUCCGGGGAAGGGCCCUGGAUCACUGUCAUGCUCAACUACGAUGGGGGAGAUGAAGUGAAGAUGAAAAUUAACGUGGAAGGGGCAAAAGAGGUAGAGAUGCGGAUGGAUGGAAAACUGCAGGAUGCGAUCACGGAGGCGAAAGACCGUGCGGAGAGGCGGUGCAGGAGGGACCGAGUGACUGCAAGGUUGCAGGUAACGGUCUCGUAUCAUGAGACCGAGACCUCAAUGGACACAGCGGACCUGGAACAGGCCCACGUGGACAGGGACUCAAACGGUGAGAGUGAAAUGAGUGAAGCGGGAGACUGGGAGACGGACCUCAGGUCCUGGAUCAGACCGGGCGAGAUCCAGAGGCAUCACCAGGCUGCAAAGCCGGUGGAAGAGGGACCUGAGGCCAGCUCACGACAGCUGACACCCAGAGGCCGUAGAGCGGCCCCUGUCCUACACCUACCCGACUACUCCCGCCCAUUCAUCGUCACUACCGACACGUCCGACUUUGCCAUAGGAGCUGUUCUCUCCCAGAUUUACCCAGCCUCUUCUACUUCUCCCAACCCCACAGAGUCUCGUCUCCCUCGCAUUCUUCGCUUUCCCCCCCCACCCCCAGCGACUGCGGCUCGACUUGCACCUAUCGAGCCCACCCCCUCAGGGGCUCCACCUCCCUACACCCCUGACGUCGCUGAUGACGACACAGUCGAGUCUCGCGAUGGAGAGUGCUCGGUUGCUUAUCUAUCUCGACAGCUACUUCCUGCUGAGCGUAACUACACUACUGACGAGCGUGAGGUCCUCGCGCUGGUUUAUGCUGUUAAGAAGUGGCGUCAUCACUUACACGGUCACACAUUCACCGUCCUAACGGACAACUCUGUCCUCGCCGCUUUCCAGACGAAGCCGAAGCUUACCCCUCGCCAGGCUCGUUGGUGGCGUGAUCUCGCAGAGUUCGACUUUACCAUCAAGAAGAUUACAGGGGAAAGCAAUCGCGUAGCUGAUGCCUUAUCUCGCCGCCCCGAUCUUCAGUGCGAUGAUCGCCAGCUCUCUGCCAUUUCAUUCCCCAUCAUCCACCCCGCUUUCCUAGAUGAGUAUCGGUCGGCAUACCCCCAGUGCUCCGAGUUUCAGUCCAUCUACGCUGACUUACAGGCCGGCAAGACUGUCCCUAACUUCCAGCUCGACCCCUCUGGACUCCUAUAUUGGCUUGGUCGCCAAGGUAACCGUACUCCCCGCUUAUGUGUCCCAUCUGUCAGCCAGCUUCGUGUUCAAGCUGUCGCUGAGUGUCACGAUCAGCGUGCUGCCGGUCAUCUCGGUAUCCUCAAGACCCUUGACCGACUCUACUGCCAUUACUACUGGGAGCACCGCCGUCCUUUCACGACAGAGUACGUUCGCACCUGCAGGACCUGUCAGGAGGCCAGCAUUCCCAACCACCCUCCCUACGGCCUUCUUCAGCCCUUACCCAUUCCUACUCAGCGUUGGACCUCCGUCUCUAUGGACUUCAUUGGCCCACUUUGUCCCCCUACCCCACGAGGUUACGAUGCCAUCUUUGUUGUUGUCUGCUGGUUGACUAAGCAUGCUCACUUCCUCCCCUGCAAGUAUGCUAGUUCAGCCAAGGACAUCACCACUCUGUACUUUAACCGUAUUGCCAUUCAUCAUGGUCUCCCCACUAGCAUUGUCUCUGAUCGCGAUCCCCGCUUCACUUCUCAUUUCUGGCGUGGACUCCAUGAGACUUAUGGAUCCGAGCUUCGCCUUUCCUCCUCCUACCACCCCCAGUCAGACGGACAGACUGAGGUCACCAACAAAACUCUUGGGACUAUCCUCAAGAAGUUUGUUGAGAAUGACUCUGAUUGGGAUCUUCAUCUUGCUCAUGCAGAGAUCGCUUAUAACCACGCUAUUUCUCCCGCCACCGGCAUGUCCCCCUACUACUGUGACCUGGGAUAUCACCCCCGUGUCCCAUCUGAUCUCCUCCGUCCAUCUCAAAUUCACCCUGACACCAAAUGCCCAACUCUCGAUGAGUGGGUAAAGGAGAUGGAUGCGCUCCUUAACAAGGCUCGAGAGAGCAUUGCUCACUCCCAGACUCGCAUGGCGACCCGCACCAACCGCUCACGCAUUGACUAUCCCUUCAAAGUUGGCGAUGAGGUCCUUGUCGACGCACGUCACUUCCAGCCCGAAGCCGACACGCUUCGGAAAUUCAGACGUCGAUAUAUCGGAUCAUGCACCAUUCUCGCACCCGCCGGACCCAAUCAUGACUAUCCAGUGAGCUUCAAAUUGAAGCUCCCCGAUUCCAUGUAUCGCGCUAACCUACAUGAUGUGUUUCAUGUAUCCCUUUUGCGCCCUUUCAGACGGUAUCCUCCUGAGUUUCACGGUCGACCUUACCCUCGCCCUUCUCCCAUCAUCAUUGAAGGUCACGAGGAGUUUGUCGUCUCUGAUAUUGUGUCUCGGCGUAUGACAGAUGGUGACCCUCCCCGCUUCGAGUAUCUUGUUCGAUGGAAGGGUUACCCUGACGAGGAGUCUACGUGGGAGCCUCUUGGGCACAUGAAGCAUGCUAUGACUUUUGUGCGUGCUUACGAUCAAAAGGGAACUUACUAAAAGGAAGGUUCAUAAAUGUGUAAACAAAACGUCCUAAAGAAA